AUGAUGGGCAUGGGAGCAGUGCUGGAGCACCUCCGGUCGUCGGCGUGGUACUACGUGACGCCUGUGGUGGCGGCGUGCGCCCCGAUCGGCGUGCUCCGGACCUACUUCAACCACCACCUCCGGCGGCCCGUGCGCCGCCUCCUCCCGUUCCUGGACACCUUCGUCACCAUCGACAUCGUCGCCUCCGACUCCUCCGCCUACUCGUACAGCUACCACCGGGACAAGGCCAAGUCGAGCGACGCCUACGCGGAGGUGCUGGCGUACCUGAGCGAGGUCUGCUCCCGGGAGGCGCGGGAGCUGUGCGCCGAGGGCGCGGAGGAGGGCAACGGCUUCGUGCUCAGCCUCCGCCAGGGCCAGGAGGUGGCCGACGAGUUCGAGGGCGUCACCAUGUGGUGGUCGGCCGUGGCCGGGAACAACAGGAACUCGUAUGAGCCGGACAAGUGCUGCCGCUUGACGUUCCACGAGCGGCACCGGAGGCUCGUCGUCGAGGAUUACCUGCCGCACGUCCGGCGCACCGGGCAAGAGGUCACGUUCCGCAACCGUCCUCGCAGGCUCUACUCAAACAAGGCGGACAUCACAUACAUUUCGUCGAGGGAGGACGUGUGGAGCUACAUCGAGUUCAAUCACCCCACCACCUUCGACACCCUGGCCAUGGACCCAGCCAAGAAACAGAAGAUCAUGGACAACCUCGACGACUUCCGCAACAGCAGGGACUACUACAACCGCAUCGGGAAGGCGUGGAAGCGAGGUUACUUCCUGUACGGCCCGCCAGGCACCGGCAAGUCCACCAUGAUCGCCGCCAUGGCCAACUACCUCAACUGUGACAUCUAUGACAUUGAGCUCACCACCCUGCGUACCAACAGCGACCUCCGCAAGCUCUUCAUCGAGACCACGGGCAAGUCCAUCGUCGUCAUCGAGGACAUCGACUGCUCCCUCGACUUGACCGGCAGCCGUGGCAACAAGCCGACGCGGACUCCUCGACCACGACAACAAGAUGACGGCAGCAGCAGCAACGACAUGGCGAUGCAUUUCUCUAAAAGCAUGGUGACGCUAUCCGGCCUCCUCAACUUCACCGACGGGCUUUGGUCGGCGCACAGCGGAGAGCGGAUCAUCGUCUUCACCACCAAUUACGUCCACCAGCUUGAUCCGGCGCUCAUCCGCCGUGGACGGAUGGACAUGCACAUCGAGAUGUCGUAUUGCAAGUUUGAGGCCUUCAAGACGCUGGCCAACAACUACCUUGGGCUUGACAAAGUGGUCGACGCGCACCCGAUGUUCGACGCAAUUAAGGAGCUGCUGCAGGUGGUGGAGAUAGCCCCAGCGGAUGUCGCCGAGUGUCUGAUGGCGUCCACGGGCAAGGAACGUGAUGCAGACACUUGCCUCCGGAGUCUGCUUGACGAGCUCAAAAACAGGGCCAAGAAAAAGAAGGCGUCCGAGGCCGAGAAAGAAAGGGAAGGCAGCCGAGCUCGUAAACAAGGCCAAGACAAAGUAGGCGGCCAAGGACGACGUCCUUUAGUGAAAACUUAAAACUUUCAAUCCUGACGAUUAGAUCCAAAAUAGAUGGAUCAGAUGGAAUGUGGAAACUCUAAUCACUUAAAUACGUUUUAUUAAAACCACCCCAUGUGAUUAGAG